GGCUGCGGCUCGCCCCGCAUGAGUUCCUACGAGCAAGGCGGCCCCGGCGGCGCGACGGCAACGUAUGUCAAGAGCGCAGUGCCGCGCCAUGGCUUCGCGCCGCCGCCAAAGGGCUACUUUGCCGCGCCGGGCUCGACGCCGUCGUUCUCGGCCGGCGUAGGCGUGUCCAUCUCGUCGGCCCGCAGCCCGCUGCUCGGGCCCGCGGGCGCGCUGGGCAGCCCCAGCGCGCUCGAUGAGCUGCCCGCGUCUGCGCCGUCGUCGGUGCCCACCAAGGGCCGGCGACGCGAGUCCAUCGGCGGGCAGAUGCGCCGCAAGGUGUCGGAAAGCACCGCUGCGGCCGCCGGCGCCGGCGGAGGCCUCGGCCACGGCUCCGCCUUCAGCCUCGCCAGCCGCAUGAACAUUCCGGCGCGCGGCGGCCCUGGCGGCAUGGGCGGUGGCAGCGAGGCCUUCUCGACGAGUCUCGGCGCUGCAGGUGAGGCCCUCUCGCUCUCCUCGUCGCUGAGCACGCCCGGCAUGCCGCACCUCGGACGCACGCCCUCGGCCUAUGGCGCCAGCGUGCCCAACGGCGGCGGUGCAGCCGCGCACAUCAAGCAGGAGCGCACCGCCUCGCACACGCACUUCGGCCAGGAGUGCUACGGCCCCACGCCGGGCGAGACGCCGCUCUCGCCGCCCGCGGCGCUGCUCUCGCCGGGCAGCCGCGGUGCUGCGCCGCCUGCCUACGUGCGCCGCCCCUCGGCCGCAGAGUCGACGGCCACCGACGAUGACAUGUCGGUGGUCGGCGAGGCGAACGCCAAGAGCGCGCCGGCGCAGCAGCCGACCUCGCAGCAGUCGCACCAGCAGCUGCACAAGUGCGAGAGCUGUGCCAAGGUGUACCGCCACCCCAGCUGUCUGGUCAAGCACCGCUGGGAACACACGGUGUACUGGAAGGAGGCAUCCAAGUUCCUCAUGAGCAAGCACCAGCAGGUGCAGCUCCUCGAGGCGGCCGCCAUCCUUGUCGGCAUGGACUGCCACGCGCGCUCGCUGCCCGAGGAGAAGGCGCUCUGGCCGGCGGCUGUCUCACCUCCCAGCUCUGGCCUGCUGGGCUCGGACAAGCUCAACUUCGACCAGCUGCUUGCGCAAAAGGCCUCGCGCAAGGCCGAGUCGCCGUCGCCCUUCACGGAGCGCCACCUGACGCCGUCGUCGCUGGGUGCGCCGCGCAGCACGGGCCGCGCGCACAGCAACAGCAACGCCAGCGCGACGCUCUCGCCGCUCAACGCGCUCACGUCGCUCAACAUCGGCGGCCCGCGCGCUGGCGCUGCACGCACGUCCGCCACGCCCGGCGUCGGUUCGAACGGCACCAGCGCCGCCCGGGCCAACGGCGAUGUGAAGCCGCUGCGUCUCGACGAGAGCGCUGAGCGCACGCGCGACGAGGUCGAGGAGGACGACGAGGAAGAGGCUGACAGCCCGCCCGUCGCCGAGCGCGAGGCCGGCGAGGACGGCCUGGGCGCCGGCAUCGAGAUGGAGAUGGAGGGCGUCGAGUAAACCGUCACCGUUGCGUACGCGCUCGCCGUCCUGCAUCGGCGUGUGCCCGCCGUUCCCCACCCGCGCAGCUCAUCCUGUGACCCAUGCCCCGCUUCUCCUCGUCACCAUGAACCGCGG